UUUUUCAUUUUUGUUUGUCUGUCUGUUCGUCUUAUGGCAAAAACGUGACAUUGUUUUGCUACAACGUUGUAACCCAUUUUUGCAGCUUCGGCCAAAAUGAGUGAUGAUGGUGCCACCGCGGGCGCUGAAGGUGACUGGGUUCCAAAGGAAGAGCUAAUUCAGUUGCUCACUAAUAUGGGGGUGUCAAGGAAUGCAGCUAUCAAGGCACUGUUUCACACUGGGAACUACAGUGCAGACUUGGCCGCAGCAUGGAUAUUUGAGAAUCAAGAUCAGGACUUGGAUGCGCCAUUUGACUUUGAGGAAGGAAGUUCAGACAGCUCAGAGGACGAAAUAGGAGACUACAUAGCAGAGGGAGAUUUUCACAAGAUGGUGUUUGUGGUCAACUCAGAGCUGAAUAUGGGUGUUGGAAAAGUGGCAGCACAAGUUGCACAUGCUGCGCUGGGCAUUCAUCGUCUUAUAUUGGACAAUCAGCAAAAGUUUGGGGAAAUGUUGCUACAUUGGGAGCAGUAUGGAGAGACAAAAAUAGUAUUAAAAGGGACAAAUAAAGAAGAGUUAAUAGCAUUGGCAGUAAAGGCAGAAGCAUUAGGUCUUCCAAAUUAUAUAGUACAGGAUGCUGGGAGAACACAGAUAGCAUCUGGCUCGGUCACAGUGCUUGGAAUAUUUGGUAAAAUUAAAGACAUUGAUCAAGUGACAGGACAACUUAAGUUGUUAUAACACACGUGAAUGGUUCUGGAAGCACAAAGACAAUUUAGAUGUGGUUCUAUGGGACUCUGUAUACAGACUUCCCUCUUCAAGCUGGAGUCACAGGGAGAUUUUUCUCCCCCAGACAUACACAAAUAUUUUUCUGUGUAUAUCUUGACAUAUAUAUGGUUUUAGGUCCUGUACACCGACUUCCCGAUACCAGGGCCACUAAAUAAAUAGAUUUCAUAAAAAUUCUUAAAUUAUUUUAAAGAGAUUUUUAAUUAUUCAGUAGAUUCUUCGAUGAAUUUUCUAUAUUAUGAAUUCUUCAAUAAGUUUUUUUUUUUAGCUUGAUAUUUCAAGAUACUCAUCAGGCUAAUUCUGUGCAUAUUCCUGU